AAGUAAGAGGUUGAAGGAUAAAAUUUGUUUCAAGAAAAAAUAAUUUAAGUUUUUGAGGCGGUUUCUCUCUCUAACCAUGGGAAAGAGGGGACGACCAUCGAAAACCACUGGGAAAUUCGACGGCGAUCCUCCAAAGUCGCCGGAUUUGCAAUCACAGAUACCGGAUAAGGAAGAACCUUCGUCCUCUAAUACAUUUCCUCCUGAUCUAGAAGAAAAGAAAGAUCCACAAAUUGUAAAUCUGGAAGACGAGGAACCAAAAUCCAAGGAGAAGAAGAGCUAUGCAGAAGUCGUGGGAAUUCAGGAGGAUCUCAAUUUCUCCCAAAAAUACAUCCCGAUUGAAGAAAUCGAAGGUCAAAGCAUUGUCCGUCUAACCAAGGAGGAUGUCAUAGAACCAGGUGGAUGGAAUUUAGAGGUUGUGCAAAGUUUAUUUUGCCCCAGAGAUAUGGACCAGAUCAGUAGGGUACCACUUCAACUAGAUAGUGAGGACAAAUGGUAUUGGGCAGGAGAGACACAUGUGGAGUACUCCGUCAAAGAGGCUUAUCGUCGAUUGGUUGGCGAAACUACGUCAACUCUUGGUUUCUCUCAAUGGGGUCAGAUUUGGAAAAUUCCAAUUGCUCCUAAAAUUAGAAUCUGCCUUUGGCGUACAAUUAGAAAUAUCCUUCCGGUCAAGGUGGCGUUGAUUACGAAAGGUAUGGAGAUCGAGAUUGAAUGUCCAGUUUGUGGUGGUGCUGCAGAAACCAUUGAUCAUAUAUUUCUUCAAUGUCCUUUGGCUAUUGAAGUCUGGAACUUAUUGGGAUGGUCCUGUCAUCUUGUACAGACAGAAUCAUUGGUUGAAUGGAUGGAAUACCAAUUUUCAAAGCAUUUUGUUAAGGAGCUUAAGUUGGUAGCCGGAGUUAUAUGGGCAAUUUAGAGAGCCAGAAAUAAGGCGGUUUGGGAUCAUUACAUCCCUUCACCGCAAUCUGUGGCAAGCUGGGUCAGAGAAGCCUUACUAGAUCCGCCAAACAGACCUGGUCAAAUUGGAAGACAUGAGUCGAUGCAAGUUUCCCCGAGAUCAGAGCACAAAGUCUUUCGAUGUUAUGUUGAUGCAGCCAUAUUCCCUUCAUCUAAAGAGGUCGCUUUUGGGAGCGUCAUCUUUAAUUCGGGAGGUUCCUUCUAUGCUGCUAUAAAUGGAAUGAUGCAAUGUCCUUUAGAACCGGUGAUGGCAGAGGCUAUGGCAUGUAGAGAAGCUCUUACCUGGGCUAGAGUUAACGAG